CGAGACAAGGGUGUGUAUGUAAUUGUUUCAAUCUUUUACUAAAAGAAAAAAAAAACCUGUACUUGUAUAAAUUUGAUUCUAAGGUCUCCAUUCGGUUGCUUCUAGGCUUUGUUUACAGUAUCGCUAGUUAUUCAAACGCGAUUCAUGUGCAUCUAGAAUCGUAAAACCAUCGUAAUACCUGAAUGGUUUCUGCUUAGGAUUCGGAUAUCUAAUUGACACAUGUCUGUAGAUCGCAAGAACAUUCUACAUUGAUUCAUUUCACUGAUAUCGACUUGACUUGCUAUCCAUAAGAAUUUCCUACUCUACGUAUUGAUCCAGUCCGUUGCAUAUUUUCUGAGUGAAUUAUCUAUAAUAUAAUGGACCAUCUUCCUCCAAAACCACCUUCCCAGAAGCCCAAUCCACCACUUCAGAGAAAUAAUUACAAGUUAAUUUACGACCCCGAGUUAGGCUAUAAAGAGUCUCAGGGAAAGAAACCAAUAUACAGAUUUAAUGGUAUCACUAAACCUCCUUUAGUAGUUCGUGACCCAAGGCACAAAAACCCCCUCUAUUCUCGUGGCAUACCAAAAAGUGGGCGACCAUUUUUAAAAUCGCUGCAACAGGUCAAGUUCGAAUAUAAUGAAGAUUCAUUAGGACCCGAACCGCCAACGCAGGUAUUCGUAUAUAAUCUUUCGCCUCUCGUAACGGCAGAUCAGCUACGAUAUCAUUUCAAGUCUUUUGGAGAUAUAUCCCAACUAGAUCUUCAAUUGAAUCCAUAUACUGGUACAUCAUUGGGUUUAUGUCAGAUUUCUUUUUCAAAACAUGAAUCAGUAUCAAAGGCCCAUUUGGCUGCUAAGCUUGCCGUCCAACAAGCCAGUGGUCUCAAGCUUUCGGGAAAACAACUUAUGAUUGUUUUGGAUGGUGAUGGGUCGAAGUGUGAAGCUGCUCGGAACAAAGCUCUACAAGUGAUUGAAGCCGAUUUCGCUGAAGAUUUACGCAAACGAGAACAGCAAAUGAAAAAAGAAGAACAAAAAAGAGAAGAGGAAAUGGAGGCUAUUCGUAAGGCUUCAAAUGUACCUCCAUGGAGACGGGCGCAAAAUAAUACUGGUUUUAAUAGACAUCAAAAUGCGACUUCUGUUUUUUCAAAUAAAGACCAAGCUUACCCCAAUAGCCCAAAACCGAACGACACGUCUGUUCCUAAAGAUAUUGAAAAUUACAUAUAUAUUUUCAUUGACGAUAAGUUUGUUCCGCCUGACCGCGUGUACUACUCCGAUAUAAAACACCAUUUUCGGAAGUUUCGCUAUGAAGGUAUAUACAUGAAUAGUGAUGGGUUUUAUAUUACAUUCAGUAAUUAUCGUGAAGCGAGUAGUUGUUUUUGGACUCUUGACAAAACAUUUGUCCAGAAUUGUCGUAUAAAGUUAAAGCUUCAUGAUGCCCCAAAAUCAAAGAAAAAUAUAAUACCUUCUGUGAAAAGCAAGAAAGAUUUACCGAUAGAAGAGGCCUGUGCCUCAGCAAUAUCCGCAAUCUUUGAAGACUUGGAAGAGGUAUUGGAACGUGACAUAAAGAACAAAGUUGCACGGCCAUGCAUCUUUCAAAUCUUGGAGUCACUUCCAAAGCCUAUACCUAUUAAAGAAGAAGAAAAUGAACCAGGAAUAUUAGCUUCUAAUAUUUCUGAAUCAGUGAAAACAGAAGCAAAACCAACCUUACCCCAUUUACCCAGAUUUAAAAAACGAGCAGAUGCUUACAAAGUCAAAGUUCCAACUGAGAAUAAAAUAAAAUCUAGGCUACAGAGAAGAAGAAGGAAGAAAAUUGAGGCCAGACCUUUGCAUUAUCAAUUAAACCAACAAACCGAAGAUUUCUCUGACUCAGAGUUUGAACAUGAAGAUGGUUUAGAUGAAGAAAAGCCCCUUGACGGUAGUUUUGAUGGCUAUAAGCCUACUAAGACUGAAGAAUCAACACCUCUUCUUUCAGAAACAUCUGAAGAUGAAGAAUUUUUAGAAAAAUUUCACCGGGGUCGCCCUAAGAACCGUCUUUCUAGAAAGAAAUCAGAUAAACUUGACAUAGAUUAUACUUCUUCUAGUGAAACUGAAUCUGAUGAAUUCGUUUCUCCUGCGACGGUUCCCAAAUCUCAUUUAGAAAGAAACAAGAAGCCUGGUUUAGAGAAGGAAUCAUUGGAAAUUCACCAGCCAACACUUAGACAGAAGGAAAACGAAUUUAGCGAGGAUGGCACAUUGUAUUAUGGCACCCUUCCCUAUAAUUACCCUGAGGAUGAUGUUUUGGUUGACCUAGAUGGAAUACAAUUUUUGGUAAAGGACGAUCAAGAUCUUCAUUGUUUACGUGAGGCACUUUCAUCGGAAGAUGCUAAUGAAAUUGGAGAUCCGAAUUAUUGGGCAUACAGGAGAAAAAGUUGCAAAUAUAAGAAUGGUGAUAUUCCGGUCGAAAGUUCUUUAGUAUUACCGGUUUCGGUUGGUUAUGAACGAAUUAAUUCUACUGGGUCUGCUAAAAGUGAGGGAUAUUAUAUUAUUCCUACUGCUGAAAAAUCCCAAUAUCUACCUCUUCGUAAUCGUUCAACGGUAGAAGGCGGUAACCAAUCGACUAGCAGAGUUACCUCUAGAAUGCAUCGAGUUAAUAAUCGUAGACUGGCAGCUGGUGUUGAAAAAUCACUGCUUCCUGCUGAAGCAGAUUUGCUUCGUUUCAACGCUUUGAAAGCUCGUAAGAAACAACUUAAUUUUGGACCAAGUCGCAUUCACACUCUCGGUCUAUUCGCAAGAGAACAUAUUGAUAAGAAUGACAUGGUUAUUGAAUAUGUGGGCGAAGUAAUUCGCCAACGUAUUGCUGACAACCGUGAAAAGAACUACGUUCGAGAAGGUAUUGGUGACAGUUAUCUUUUCCGUAUCGACGAGGACAUUAUUGUUGACGCUACAAAGAAGGGUAAUAUAGCUCGGUUUAUUAACCAUUCUUGUGCUCCUAAUUGUAUUGCUCGUAUUAUUCGUGUAGAAGGAAAAAGAAAAAUUGUCAUUUAUGCUGAUAGGGACAUUAUGCAAGGAGAGGAGUUAACUUAUGACUAUAAAUUUCCUGAGGAAGCUGACAAAAUUCCAUGUUUGUGUGGUGCACCUACCUGCCGUGGUUAUUUGAAUUAAUAGAUGAACUAUAGCAUAGCAGUUAGAUAAUUUGUAUUCAUUCUUUUUUACUGACAAUACGAAAUUUAGUGGCCAUGCUUACUCAAGGUCUAAAUUUAUCCUUAGUAAUGUCAAAUAGAAAAUAAUUAAUUUUUGUUUGUUUUGUUUCA